AUGGCCCCCUCACUGGAAGAGCCCGUGGUGGCUGAGACAACACAAUUCACUGUCCCGGUGCUCAAGAAGAACAUCGCCGCCAAUGGCGACAACAAAUUUGGAUAUCAGCCUGGCCGGACACCAGUCACUCAACACGACAACUACGCACAUGAUGACUUCUUGCCCAGCUUCCCAGACAUCCAUUGGGCUCCGCUUGAAUACACAGAAUACGAAGACAAGGGAUUGCGAGGUGACCCCAAGUUCCGCAACCUGUUGAGGGACGCCACCGGAGUCUUUGAUCACAACCCUAAGAUUGGAACUGAAAUCCAGGGUGUGGACCUUGCUACACUUGACGAUGCUCAGAAGGAUGAUCUCGCCCGGUUGAUUGCCUACCGUGGUGUUGUUUUCUUCCGUUCUCAGAAGAACUUCGAUGUUGAUGCCCAGCGGGCACUCGGAAGGUACUGGGGCAAGCUGCACAAGCAUGCAACCACAUCAGUUCCUCGCAAGGCCGGUCUCGAGGACGUCCAUGUUGUCUACACUGGCGACAACUCGGGCGACAACCGCGCCCUCUUCACUCCCAGCUUCCUGUGGCACUCUGACGUGACCUACGAGCUGCAGCCACCAUCUUACACAUCCCUCAAGCUCCUCAGCGGCCCACCCCGUGGAGGCGGUGGCGACACCCUGUGGUCAUCUCAAUACGCCGCCUAUGACGUCCUUUCAUCCCACAUGCAGACCUACCUCAAGGGCCUGACAGCAGCCCACUCAGCAGACAUGCAAGCCAACGACUCCCGAGCUCUGGGCCGUCCUGUGCGCCGUGAACCAGUCACCACUGUGCACCCUCUCAUCCGCACCAACCCUGUCACCGGCUGGAACGGUCUCUUCUUCAACCCCGGCUUCGUGAAGAAGAUCAUUGGCAUUCCUGCUGCUGAAAGUGACGCUAUCAUCCGCUACCUCACCGAUGUGAUUGCCACCACACAGGAAAUGCACGCCCGCUUCUCAUGGGGUGCUGAUGAUGUUGCCCUUUGGGAUAACCGAUCUACCAACCACAGUGCUUCUUAUGGAUUCACACCGCACCGCCGCCAUGCCAUUCGUGUGGCUGUUCAAGCUGAAAAGCCUGUGUUGGAGGAGACUGGUAUCUCACAGGAGGACGAGUUGAAUGCCUUGUACGGACUGCCGGCAGUUAACAAGGAUGGAUCUCGCCAGUCAAACUACAAUGACUAA